GCCGAAUUUACCUUGCCUUACAUAAAUGAUGUUCGAAAUUACCUCAACUCGAAUGACAAACUGGCCAAUCACAAGCGAGCAAAUCGCUUGUUUAUCUCAUUCGCGGUCACUCAAAAUUACGGCCGUCGACAGGUUGGCGGGUUCCUCGGAGUGCGAUGCAUUCUGAUAUUUCGGAGAGUACUGGUGACGCUAAAGUCGAGUCUCAAAACGACACUUCAGAAUUAGUAUCAGAGGCAUCUUAUUCCAAUGGAACUUCUCAAACCUUUACUCCAACAUCAGUGGGAACUAGGCGGGAAACAUUCGAAAAUGAAAUGAAUCGCUCACCUACAUCUCCGACAGGACUUCACGAGUCAUUAAGGUCGCCAAUUUUGUCCUACCAAAGCAGGAAAUCACCUUCUAGAUGCAGUAUAGUUUUAAAUAAGCCGCGUGAAUUAGCAAACUCACAGACCCUUACUCGUAAAAGCUGUAUUUUCCAUGAGGUAGGCUACAGUUUUCAAAGCUUAUUCAACAAUCAAGGGUGUUCGGUACCUUAUAGGUGACGUGGUUUCACUGCUGGAUAUAGAUGGAGGCGUGUACUAUGCUCAAAUAAGAGGACUUGCCACGGAUUCCUAUGGUGAUAACUUCUGUUUUCUAACUUGGUUGAUCCCAGUCUUAGGUGCCAAAGAGGGAGAAUUUCGGCCUUCAGACUAUAUAAUUGGUAUUUGGUUUUCCUUUAUUCUAAUUUCCCCGUAGGUAUGGAAGAAGAUGUAAUGAGGGAUUUGAACUGCUGUAGAUGGGUCUGCCAUUGUCCUGCUGCUUAUUUUCAACUUAUUGACAAUCCACAUACAACACAAUCAUUUCAAUAACAUAUUACUUAUUCAAUUUAUUUUCUCUUACUUGUAUACACAGACCUUGAGUAUGAUAUAUAUUUUUUUACAAAUUAA